UCAAUUGGUCAGAAGAAGUCGAAAGGCCAGCUGUUUGUUCCACAUGGAACACUGACGUGUAUCGAACAAAAAUUCAAUUAUAACUGGUUUCUGUUCCAAUUGGAAUUAUAUAGUUGCAAAUCAAACGAUCUGUUUUUUGCAUAAUUUGCAAACAUGAAGUUACAUCUUGCUUUGGCAAUUCCAUUUCUGCUGCUAGCAUUGAAUAAAUAUGCUAGUGGUCUGGCAGUGAUGUCGAUAGAUUUUGGAUCAGAAUGGAUGAAAAUCGGAAUUGUUUCACCUGGUGUACCAAUGGAAAUUGCACUCAAUAAGGAAUCAAAACGUAAAUCUCCUGCAGUCCUGAGUUUAAGAGAUGAUGUCCGCAAUAUUGGGGAGGAUGCUCAAACUGUGGGUAUUAGAUUUCCCAAAAGUGCAUACUUUUAUUUAUUAGAAUUGCUUGGCAAAAACAUUAACCAUCCAAUUGUUGAAUUGUACAAAAGUCGUUUUCCAUAUUAUGAAAUUGUGGCUGAUGAAGAGAGAGGCACAAUUUUGUUGAAGCAUGAUGAUGAUGUGUUCUAUAGUCCUGAGGAAUUGAUUGCACAGCUGCUGCACAAAGCCAAGGAAAUUGCUGAGCAAAAUGCAAGACAGCCAAUCAAGGAAUGUGUCAUAACUGUUCCUGCAUAUUUCAACCAAGUUGAGAGGAAAGCUUUGCUCCAAGCAGCCCAGCUUGCUGACAUUAAGGUCUUGCAACUGAUGAACGACCAUAUGGCCGUUGCUCUGAAUUAUGGUAUUUUCCACACAAAGGACUUCAAUGAAACUGCCCAAUAUGUGAUGUUCUUUGAUAUGGGAGCGAGUUCCACCACCGUUAGUAUUGUUAGCAUGCAAAAUGUUAAAGUUAAGGAGCGCGGUUACACCGAGACCCAUCCUCAAAUUUCUGUCGUUGGUUUAGGAUAUGACAGAACCUUGGGUGGAUUAGAACUGCAGAUCAGACUUAGGGAUUAUUUGGCGAAGAAGUUCAAUGCAGUUAAAAAAACUAAAAAUGAUGUGUUCGAUAACCACAGAUCUAUGGCGAAAUUGUUCAAGGAAGCUGGAAGAGUAAAGAACAUCCUAUCUGCCAAUCCUGAUCACUAUGCCCAAAUUGAGGGUUUAUUAGAUGAUGAAGAUUUCAGAGUGCAAGUAACCAGAGAAGAUUUCGAAGAUUUGGCUGGUGAUUUCUUUGAUAGGGUCGCUAAACCUGUUGAACAGGCUUUAGCUAGUUCAGGUAUCGCCCUGGAAUUUAUCAAUCAAGUGGUUUUAGUUGGUGCCGGCACUCGAGUACCAAAAGUGCAAGAAAAAUUACAAGAAGUAGUCAAAAUGGAUUUGGCUAAGAAUUUGAAUACCGAUGAAGCUGCAACCAUGGGUGCCGUUUAUAAAGCAGCAGAUUUAAGCACAGGUUUCCAAGUAAAGAAAUUUAUCACCAAAGACGCUGUCAUUUUCCCACUUCAAGUGUUCUUUGAGAGAGGCGAAAAUAACGGUUUAGGCAAGAGAACUCUGUUCGGCUUGAUGAAUUUCUACCCACAGAAGAAAACUGUUACCUUCAGUAAACAUUCUGAAGACUUCUCUAUAACACUGAAUUAUGCACAAUUGGAACACUUGUCAUCGGUGGAAAUUGGUAAUUUAGGCAGUUUGAACUUGACAGAAUUCGAUUUGAAAGGAGUACAAGAAGCUAUGUCCAAAAAUGUUGGGGAUAACAUUCAAAACAAGGGAGUUAAAGUACAGUUCGGUAUGGACGAAUCAGGUAUUUUGAGUCUAACCAAUGUGGAAGCCAGUUUCGAAAAAUCGGUUACGGAUGAAGACGAUGAAGGAACUUUAUCAAAAUUAGGAAGCACAAUUAGUAAAUUAUUCAGCAGAGACGAAGAAGAGAAACCUGUUCAGGAAGAUCCCGAAGUUGAACAAAAGGUCGAAAAUAAAACUCAAGAAGCUAACAAAACUGCCGAAGCUCAACCAAAAGAAGUUAAACCAAAAGUCAUCAAUGUUAAAGAACCUUUGCAAGCAAUUGAGAAGAUCUUGACCAUUAAGAGAUUGAAUAAACAGCAGAUUGAAGACGCUACAAACAAAUUAGAGAAGCUUAACAAAAUCGAUCAACAGUUGUACAGACGAGCGAGUGCCUUAAAUAGUUUGGAAAGUUUUGUUAUCGACGUGCAAAAUAAAUUGUAUGAAGAUGAGUAUUCCGACUGUGUAUUACCCGAAGAUAAAGAAAAAAUUAUCACUGCUUGCUCCGAAACAUCCGAUUGGCUCUAUGAAGAUGGAGCUGACGCAGACGCUUUAACUUAUGAAACUAAAUUAGCGGGAUUAAAAACUCUUACUUCGGAUUUAUUCAAAAGAGUAUUCGAACACUCGGAAAGACCUCAAGCUGUACUCGCCCUUCGCGAAAUGCUCAAUGCUUCUACACAUUUCAUGGUCGCUUCUCGAAAUUUAACGAAAGAAAAGAAUCCGGAAAAAGAUGUUUACACAGAAACUGAAAUCGAAACGUUGGCAAAAUUAAUUAAAAAUACCGAAGAAUGGUUAGUGAAACAAAUCGCAGAGCAAGAUAAGUUGAAGAAACACGAUAAUGUUGUAUUGUCGGUAAAGAUUUUGGCUGACAAAAUGCAAGAGCUUGAUAGGGAGGUAAAAUAUUUAGUGAACAAAUUGAAGAUGUGGAGACCUAAAAAGGUUGAGAAACCUGUAGUUGAAGAAAAUAAUGAGACUAAAGAAGAGCCAUCAACUACUUCUACCAAAGGUGAAGAGAAGGAGGAGGAAGCUGCUGAAAGCACAAAUAAAGGAGAAGAGACAGAAGAGAAGGUGACGCCAACUGCAAGCUCAGAUGAAGAAAAACAUUCAGAGUUAUAAAUUGAAUCAUUUAAAACUAGUGUAAUUUAAAGACUUUAAAAGCAACCGAUCCCCGUUUCCUUCUUUCGGGACAACUCUACAGUUAUGUUUUCGUUUUACUUAAAAUCGCAUUCUUUGUUCGUUGUGAUACUUAAAUAAUUCCAGUUUUUUUUUUCAUCUCCAUGUGAACUAUGAAAUUAGUUGCAACAUUUAGUAUUUAAUUAUUUAAUUUGUUAUUGUAAUAUUGUGGAAAACAUUG